AUGCCUUCAUUCGACUCCUUGAUCUCGGCCACCAAGGUCGCUGCAGUUUUCCCGGAGUCUAUCCGUGAUAAAACCAUUCUCAUUACCGGCGUCUCACCCAAUAGCUUGGGGCUCGCCACUGCUGUCGCAUUGGCAUCUCAACAACCCAGCCGCCUCAUUUUAUCCGGGCGAUCUGCUGAGAAGGUUCAGAGUGCAGUCGACUCCUUGAGAUCGGCUUAUCCGCUGGCCAAGUAUGAUGUUUUACUCAUGGACCUGUCAUCCCAAACUUCUGUCCGUGCUGCCGCGACGCGGAUCAACGAGGACGUCAACAUCCCUGCAAUCGACAUCUUGAUCAACAACGCUGGUGUUACAGUAUGCGCUAUAUAG